AAAUGGAAAUCAACAAGUAUAUUUUAUUUUCACUUUCGAUAGUCUUGAUUUUUGGCAAUAAUAUUGUGGAGAGCUUCGAUUACCUUGAGAAAGAGCUUGAAACAGAGGAGGGAUUGCAAGGGAUGUACGAUAGGUGGAGGAGCCACCAUAAAGUGCAGCAAAAAAGCCCAGAGCGGUUCAACGUGUUCAAGUACAACGUGCAACGUGUUCAUGCCUCAAACAAGCAAAACAAACCAUAUAAGUUGGAGUUGAACAAGUUUGCUGACUUGACUGCCCACGAGAUUCAGAGCAAAUAUACUGACAAGGUUGGACAUUAUCUGGCUCUCCAAGGCUCGAUGAAGAAAAAGAAUGUUACUUUUACUUAUAAAGAUGCAAAAAAUCUGCCACCAAGGAUCGACUGGAGGGAACACAACGCGGUCACCCCUAUUAAGAAUCAAGGCCAAUGCGGAAGCUGUUGGGCGUUUUCAGCAGUGGCUGCAGUGGAAAGCAUAAACGCAAUCAGAACCGGGCAACUAAUUAAGUUAUCAGAACAACAACUUGUCGACUGUGAUUCUGAAAUCUCCAACGGAUGUAAUGGAGGGCUCAUGGAACCUGCAUUUAAAUACAUAGUGGAGCAUGGAGGACUAGCUACCGAAGAGAGCUAUCCUUACACAGCAACACAUAACGCGUGCGACCAAUCAAAGUUUGGCCAUCACUCGGUUACACUUAAUGGACAAGAGUAUACUGAUGGAACGGAAGAUCAAUUGAUGAAAGCAGUUGCACAUCAGCCUGUAACGAUUUCCAUGGAAGCAACCAAUGAAAACUUUUUUAUGUAUAAAGAGGGAAUCUACAGUGGACCAUGUGGACUCAACAUUAAUCAUGCGAUGACAAUCGUAGGAUAUGAUGAGACGCCCGAAGGACAAAAGUAUUGGAUCGUGAAGAACUCGUGGGGAGAAGGAUGGGGAGAGAAGGGAUACGUUAGAGUCCUACGUGGAGUUGCGCCACCAGAGGGACUUUGUGGGAUCAAUACCUGUGCUGCUAUUCCUCUCAAGGAUGCCAACACCCCGAAUUGUGAACUCUAGAUAUCACGAGCUUGUAUGAUUC